CUAUAAUAGGUAUGCACUAGCGUUGUUAAGGUUCUGGUACACGAUGGAGUAGGGCCGAAGACUGAAAAAAUUCCGAGCUCCUUCGUUUCUAAGCUUGGCUUAAUCUCUACGUGGUAGUGAUCAGCAAUCUUUCCCCUAAUACCAUGACAGCCUACCAGUAGCGCAAGGUUGAAAUAGCACCAGAUCAACACCAUUGGUUCCCAUUGUGUUAUUUCCCGCACACAAGCCUGAGCGACAUUGGCAUAGCCGCCUUGGGAGAGAGCGGGAGGCCUGAUAUCCCCCCUUCCUUAGUCGACCCAGUUUUGCCAUGGAGACUGCAACCAUGUUUCCCAACGUCGUCAGUCGUCACGCCCGUGUCUGAAAGGCCUCGCACCCACUGCCUCUGGAGCCACACCAUUCAUACAUUUUCCAAUAUGCGCGGAGACACAGUCUCGACCGCUUUCCUGGUCUUCUUGACCGCUUCGCCAGCACGCGCCGCGUUUACCAAGUUCAUGUUCGCGGGCAACGGUGGAAACGCGAGCAGGCUUUUGACGUGCCCCGGCUGGCCAUUUGAAUGCUCGCCUCCGUCUGUCUGCGCCUUUGACGAUAGAGUGCAGGAUUACUACUGCUGUAUUGCUGGCUCCGAGGAUGCCGUGUGUUGGAAACCCAGUCAAGGCUGCCAGGGGAGUAGUGACAAGAAACCCGGAGGUAACCAGCGUCUGUGUGGCUCGGGUAACAAUGCGUUUUGCUGUUUGCAGGAGAGUGAGGUGUGCACCGAGACAGCAGACCAGAUUAAUAUUUGCUGGAGCGGCUUGAGUGAUCCACUUGCUAAGCUCAAUGCAACUGCUGUGAACCAAACUGCGCACUCUCUCUCAUUGGCUCAGCCUUCGGCUUCGUCGUACCCAGUCAGCUUGGAUGCUCUGCAAAAGCUGACGUCGACUACCGCCGCGACAUCGACUACCGCCACCUCGUCGUCGACAGCUUCUAGCACGUUGGUAUUGAGUAGUAGUACUGGAGCGCCAGUGGCUACUCCAUCGGUCACAUCGAGUGUUGUUGAGAAGAGCGACUCGGGGUUAUCGGGCGGGGCGAUAGGGGGCAUCGUGGGUGGAGUUGUUGGGGGGCUCGCUCUCUUGGGCAUCGUGGGACUUUUGGUGUGGAGAAGGAGGAGGAAUCAGGGGAACUCGUAUGCGCCAGCGAAUUCGUCGGACAUGGCACCUAGUGCGUAUGGCUCGGAGGCGCCGGCGGAGAUGCACGCCGAAACAGCCGUGUUGGAAAAGUAUGCGAGAAACGGUGGAAGUGUGGCAGAGGUGCCUGCAGAGGGCAUCUUGGCCGAGCUAUCUGCCGUGGAGCCGUCACACAGGCGAUGAGCCUGUGUGUAAAUUCUUGGUGAUGAAGGGCAUAUUUGGUUUCGGUCCGGAUGACGUAGUGUCGAAGGCAGUUUCUUCGGCUUGCUGGGAUACCCUAUGGAUGUAUAUGAGUGAGCAGAGCUUGGGCGACAAUGGGUGUGA